UCACCCAAGUAAUACUUAUACCGGCGCUGGUUCCUUAGUCUCUGUGCAAUAUUCCCUUGACCAGUCGCUGAAAUCCUUGUCUGUUCAUUGAUACACCGAAUCCUCCUCAUCCUUCUACUUGUGUGUUAUGGCUUCAGCGACCGAUAGCCCAGUGAGCUCUGAAGCUCGCGAACUGAGCCUAAUUUCCAAGGUGGAGCUUAGGAUCGCCCUUGCGGACUCUGAUGAUAAGCUUGAGGCACUCCUAAAUACUUACCUGACACCAUUGCUGUUGAAAUUGGGCUCAGAGAGCAUUGCGGUUCGCAACAAAGUCAUUUCAGUUUGUCAGCAUAUCAACACCCGCGUUCAAAACCCCACUAUCAAGCUCCCCGUGGCGGCAUUAUUGAAGCAAUUCAAAGAACAAAAAUCCCAACUUAUCAGACAUUUUGAUCUUCUCUAUGUUCAGCAGGGACUUCAUCGACUAGGAUCAAGUGCAAGAGUCGAAAUCCUACUGCCCUUGCUCCAAGGCAUUUCCGAAAUCGGCACAUCCUCCAAUCAAGCUGCCACUGUCUUUAACUUGGUUCUGAGGCUUUUCCCUCUUAUGAAUUUACCACCAAAGGAUAGCGACGAGGAUCUGAAACUGAAGUCUCAACUGGGUCUCUCUGACCAGGAUACGAAGUUCCUAUCAUCCUUGUUUGGGAAAUUGCUCAUUCUUUCCCCCGCGGACAAGGACAGGGCCACAUGUCCAGGAUUAUCACCAGCAGAAUAUGCCUUUUUAAAUAAGGAUGCGCCUAUCACCGGCACCUGGAAUGCGUCCUUGGAUGGCGGGCUGAAUCUCACUGAGACUAAGGUCAAUGCCCUCCGCUUUUUAGCUAGUGGAGCGUUUGAUAACGCAGAGCGAUUUCUGCCCGCUGUGGUCGCAUCUGCGGAUGCCAAUUCUCGUCUUUCUGAUGUCGGGGAGGAGAUUCUCAAGAGGUUUGUGCCAAGCCUUGAGGAUCCAGAUGUCGUACGGCAGCUGUACGACCUGUACCUGGGCACAGGGACACCGGAUGGGGCUCCGCCAGCGCGACCUGCUCUGCAGACUAGGUUACUGGUCUUUCUAGGGAGAUCAAUUAGGGCUACUAGGGACGCAGAACGCGUGAUGCGCGUGAUUGAAGAAAGCCUUCUAUCAGACAGUGCAAGGUCCGUACAGGGAUUGCAAGCGUCGAAGCUGCGAACACAGCUUUUCAAUUUUAUGACUUGGGUCGUGAGGAUGGGCUCGCCAGAUGAUUUGCAACACAUGGCACCGAAACUCAUAGCAGGCUUAAUGGAUUUCAUUCAGUCCCAGGGAUGGCCAAGUCCGGCAGCAAGUGGACAGAGGCCUCCACAGACGGAGCUUAGCCUGCGAGGUAUGGCCUACGAGUGUAUAGGUAUACUGGUCCCAAAAGCGGACUUCCGAAGCCAAAAGGCAGAGGAUGCUGUAUCUGGUUUUCAACUUAUCAAGUGGCUGUUCAUGUCACUCAGCUCUGACGAUUCGAGCGCACAGAUCUUUGUCAGCAUUGAACAGGCACUAGGAAGUAUUCUCAGCUCUUCGAUGAACGAUUGUGAUCAUGACUUCCAAGCGCAACUGAGACCUUUUCUCCUUCAACAAAUGAAUAAUCAGCCUGGACAAGAGGACCCCUUGACCGGAUUGACCGUUGUCCGCAACCCUCAAUAUGCUGCAGUACGUUUUGCGAACCGGUUUUUACCCUACAGUGAUGUCGUUGCCCGUUGGAUAGAUCUCAUGGCCGUUGCACACGGCUCCGAAAGGCAUCAUGAAGUAGUAGAGGAGGGAAAGAAAGGUUUACAUCCUUACUGGUUUCGACUCCAGAAUGCAAACAAUGAUCACAACGUGCCAUCCAAGGAGCUGUCAUCCUGGUACUCCUUCCCGGGAUUCACCGAUGCAGUGCGCUUUCUACUUAACUCCACUGUUUCGCAAGGUGUAGUUGGAUCCUCUGCAGAGGAGAUUCUAUCAGGCAAUUAUCGGAACGCCUUUCCUUCGGCUAUCGAAUUUCUCCGCAACAUCUUGUUUUGGGAAUCCAUCACUGCCUCUGGCACUCAGUUCGAAAUAGAACAUGAUUGGGAUGUCAAGUUGGAUGUGAUGCUUAGCUCUGAAGAACAAGCACGAGAUGCGUUGAGAGGUUACCUCCGGUCUACUGAUGAAGAUGCCAUCGCUAUGUUCCUUUCAGGUGCGCUAGCCGGUCUGUCUCGCGAAAGUCAAACAGGUAGACAGCAAUGCGGGAGGCUCUUCCUCAGUAUAUGUUCUCUGGCCCCCAAUGGCAUAGUCGAAAAAGUGGUACCGCAGACAUUGGCACUUAAGACGCCGUUGAGCAGCAAUGAUCAAGAAACUCAAGACGUCUCUGCACGAGCUAUAGGCAUCAUAGCCUCCCAUCCCGCUCUUCUUAACAUGGAUAUGGACGCUUUAGCCACGGAAUUACUGAACUCUAUAUCGACGUGGAAGGUUGCGAUCGGGGAGGUAGCACUCAGGGUCAGAGGGGCAGUUAUGGCUUUAUCCUAUCUGCUGAGCAGACUCGCCUUCCGCAAGAUGAUUUCCAGAUUGCCGGAAGCUUAUGUGCGUCAGUUCAUCGACAUUCUCUGCGAUAUGAUAGAGAACGCCCGUGACUCUCUCAUCUGUCGGGCUGCUCAGGCUGCCAUUGGAAGACUUGGCCUUUCUGAUCUGCUCUCAUAUUCCAGGCUUUCUGAGUCCAAUUGGUCAAUGAUUAGAAAGCACCUCAUUCAGGACGCCAAAGCAGAGAACGAAGUGGCCAUUAUGGCGAUAGGACUGUUGUCAAUGACCUUCUCGAGGGCUGAUUCCGCUGAUGUACGAUCGGCUGAACUUACCCAGGCCCUCUACGAUCUUCAUGAGAAUCGCAACCCAGAGCUUCACUUCACAGUUGGCGAGGCGCUGAGUAAUGCUGCAGUAGGAUGGAGUUCUAAGUCCCUAGCACUUGAAUUCGACGUCGACGAGGCAGUUCCUGUGUCCGAGAUUCCAGGGUCAGUCCUCGCCGAGGUAUGCGACAAGGUCUUAUCUGACUGCGGCGCAUCAAAACCCUCGCUGAAAAAGGCUGCUGCUAUAUGGCUCCUGAGCCUCGUCAAAAACUGCGGCCAUUUGCUUGAAGUGAAAUCCCGUCUAGUGCAAUUCCAACGGUGCUUUAGCAGUCUUCUCAGUGACCGUGAAGAGGUCGUCCAGGAAACCGGAGCCCAAGGCCUGAGUCUGGUGUACGAGCAGGGUGACCAAGAACUAAAGGACGACUUAGUGCGCGACUUGAUCAAUUCGUUCACUGAAGGUCAUUCCAACCUCGGAGGAGGUCGAGUCAACCGGGACACCGAAUUAUUCGAGCCAGGAGCCUUGCCGACCGGGGGCGGAUCGUCUGUGAAUACUUACAAAGAUAUCAUGAACCUCGCAGCUGAAGCAGGGGACCCCACUCUUGUUUAUAGGUUUAUGUCACUGGCCUCGAAUAAUGCUCUCUGGACCAGCCGUGCAGCAUUUAGCAAACUGGGCAUAAGCAGCAUAUUUUCUGAUUCGAGCGUGGACGGUUACCUUUCAAGGAACCCCAAGAUCUACCCGAAGCUUUUCCGGUACAGAUUCGACCCGAAUCCGAACGUGCAGCGAUCGAUGAACACCAUAUGGCGGGCCCUGGUCAAGAAUCCGACAGAAGUGAUCGAUGCCCACCUUGAUGAGAUUAUGGUUGAUCUACUGAAGAGCAUGCUAUCGGGCCGGGAAUGGAGGGCUCGUCAAGCGAGUUGUGCCGCUAUCGCCGACCUCAUUCAGGGACGCCAGCCAGAAAUGUAUGCUGGGUAUAUGAAUGAGAUCUUCACCAAAGCUUUCAAGCUUCUGGACGAUAUCAAGGAAACAGUCCGGGUGUCAGCGAUGAAGCUUUGCCAGACAAUCACUAAUGCGAUUAUACGCACUCUGGAGACAAGCAAGUCCGAUGCGAAGCAAGCAGGUUCAAUGCUGGAGAGUGUUAUUCCAUUCUUACUGAGUGACAAGGGUGUGGAGUCUGGGGUUGGAGAAGUCCAAGGGUUUGCUAUCGGAGCGCUCAUCCAGAUGAUCAAGAAAUGCCCCAGCAAGCCACUGCGUCCAUUUGUGCCCCAUAUGAUAGAACAGUUCUUGAGCUCUUUGAGUUCCCUGGAGCCCCAGGCCGUGAACUACGUCCACCUCAACGCCGACAAGUAUGGACUUACGGGCCAAGAUAUCGACAAGAUGCGUCUGUCCAGCAUCCGCACGUCUCCUAUGAUGGAGGUCAUCGAGCGAUAUCUCAUCGAUAUGCUUGAUGAAGAGGGCAUGAAAGAGUUUGCCUCGAGGCUAGAGGGAGUGUUACGCUCGGCUGUGGGACUCCCAUCCAAGGUAGGCUGCAGUCGUGUUUUGGUCCUCCUGAGCAUGCGAACCACACUACUGCGCCCCUUUGCGGACCGAUUCAUUCAACUGCUUGGCAAAUACGUGGUGGAUCGCAAUGACACUGUUAGCGCGUCGUAUUGCUCCUCAAUCGGCUACUUGAUGCGCCUAGCCUCCGAUGAGCAGUUUUUGAAAACGGUUGAACACGCCAAAAAACUCUACCUUACGGCCGAGGACACGAACCAGCGGGUCAUCUCAGCCGAGAUUUUACUUUCAACGUCGAAGUUAGCUAGUGACCGAUUCGCAGCAUUUGCAUCAGCGGCACUGCCAUUUAUCUUUGUCUCCAGAUACGAUUUGGACGAGCAUGUCCGCGAGGUAUUCGAGAAAACAUGGCAGGAUAAUGUUGGGGGUAACCGCGCAGUCUCACUAUACAUCAAAGAGAUUGUCGAUUUCGUAUCUACGAACCUAGAAUCGGCGCGCUGGGCUAUUAAGCAUACGGCCGCACUAGGGCUUGCUAAUGCUGUCACCUCCCUCGAUGCUGAGAUCGAUCUUGCUACGAGCGAAUACAUAUGGCCCGUCUUGGAAAGGGCAUUGGCUGGCAAGACAUGGGAUGGCAAAGAGGUGGUGCUGAAAGCCUUUGCGAAGUUCGCAAAGCAGGCGAAGAGACUAUGGGAAGCGAAGCCCCAGCUAGCAGACUCUAUGAAGGCAAUUACCAUCCGAGAAGCCAGGCGAAACAAUGUGAUCUACCGGCCGCAUGCGCUCAUUGUUCUCGGCCAGGUGUCACAAGCACGCGAAGACCUCGAUUUGAUGCCGGACGUUAUCAGUGUUGUCACUCGUGUGUUAGAUCAGUUAGAAGAGGACGGUGAUCCAAUGGAGGUCGAUUCGGAGAGUGGCCCGAAACCUACGCAAAUACUGGAUGACACGUUGGCUGCAUGUGCUGAAUGUCUCUUGCAUUGUCUCCGGCCGGUACCGCAUCGGCCGGCCAGUGCUGUCCAGGAACACCUGGAGGGUGUUAUGCCAGGUUUGCGCCGAGCAAUGAGUCGCGGAGGUAGAAACGUGCAGACUACACUAUAUAGAGAGCUUUGCGCAGUUUUCGACCAGUUAGGGACAUGGAUCGGCGGGCAGGGUGGCGAAGUUGAUCAACGCGGUGUCCAAGAAGCCUUGGCGGCGCUAGCCAACGAAAUGCUAUCUCGUGAUAUCGAUACCUCGGUGGAAAAGGUACGUUUAGGCCGCGCACAGGCAUCUGCUUCAUAUGUGAAGCUGUGCGAGCAGAUGAGUUGUCCGAUUGAGGAGACACUAUGGGAGACUAUCAGGACGUGGAGGAAAGAGGAACGAUCGGGAAUGGUGCGACAAGUACUGGAUCGAAUCUUGUGAGAUGGAUACGGCUCGUAGUGUCUGCUCCAAUUUAUGCGGGGGAUGUGUCUCAGACUGGGCAUCAAAUGACAACAGAUAUGGCCCGAUAGGGGCGAAGACGCGCGCGGGGCGGGGGAGGAAGAGAGAGAGACAUGCAUUGAUCAUGAGACUAGGCUAGUCGGGCUGAGCUUGGUCCAGGCCAUCCCCCAGGCGCUGUACUGGAAGUGUUACGCCCGACAAGUGGUUCGUUUCCCAUUUGGGGGGGGGUGGCGGAAGGCAGGGAGAAAUAAACCUCCCCCAAAAAAGCAAGAUGUGAAAGAUGCAGUGCCAGAAAAUAACUUAGUCUGGGGUAGAGAAUGGAAGAGGAGCCUAAGGGCGGGAGGGGAA